CUCCCCUGUUCCCUAUAGGUGUUUCUCUGGGCUCUGCCGCCUGUCCCACUCCCCUCCGAGACGCCGGCCCGAGAGGUCACCCACCUGCAGCCCCAGCGAGUCCCAAACACGCCUGCCCAGUGACCCGCCAUGGAAGCCGCGGAUGCCUCCAGAAGCAACGGGGCCAGCCCGGAAGCCAGGGAUGCCCGCAGCCCGCCGGGGCCCAACGGCGCCCUGGAGAACGGGGCCAAGGGCGAAGGCCAGGAUGCCAAGACCACCAAUGGGCACGGCGGGGAGGCGGCCGAGGGCAAGAGCCUGGGCGGCGCCCCGAAACCGGGGGAGGGCAAGAGCGCCCUGUUCUCGGGGAAUGAGUGGCGGCGGCCCAUCAUCCAGUUUGUCGAGUCCGUGGACGACAAGGGCUCCAGCUACUUCAGCAUGGACUCUGGGGACGGCAAGAGGUCCCCCUACGCCGGGCUCCAGCUGGGGGCCGCCAGGAAGCAGCCCGUCUCCUUCGCCGAGAAGGGGGAGCUGCGCAAGUCUAUCUUCUCGGAGCCCCGAAAGCCCACGGUGUCCAUCGUGGAGCCCGGGGAGGCCCGGCGCAACAGCUACCCCCGGGCCGACGGCGGCCUCCUCCUGCGCUCCAAGUCGGGCUCCGAGGAGGUCCUGUGUGACUCGUGCAUCGGCAACAAGCAGAAGGCCGUCAAGUCCUGCCUGGUGUGCCAGGCGUCCUUCUGCGAGCUGCACCUCAAGCCCCACCUGGAGGGCGCCGCCUUCCGCGACCACCAGCUGCUCGAGCCCAUCCGGGACUUCGAGGCCCGGAAGUGUCCCCUGCACGGCAAGACCAUGGAGCUCUUCUGCCAGACCGACCAGACCUGCAUCUGUUACCUCUGCAUGUUCCAGGAGCACAAGAAUCACAGCACGGUGACGGUGGAAGAGGCCAAGGCCGAGAAGGAGACAGAGCUGUCGCUGCAGAAGGAACAGCUGCAGCUCAAGAUCAUCGAGAUUGAAGACGAAGCUGAGAAGUGGCAGAAAGAGAAGGACCGCAUCAAGAGCUUCACCACCAACGAGAAGGCUAUCUUGGAGCAAAACUUCCGGGACCUGGUGAGGGACCUGGAGAAACAAAAGGAGGAAGUGAGGGCUGCCCUGGAGCAGCGGGAGCAGGAUGCUGUGGACCAAGUGAAGGUGAUCGUGGAUGCUCUGGACGAGAGGGCCAAGGUGUUGCAUGACGACAAGCAGACCAGGGAGCAGAUGCAAAGCAUCAGUGACUCAGUGCUGUUUCUGCAGGAAUUCGGUGCAUUGAUGAGCAAUUACUCCCUCCCCCCACCUCUGCCCACCUACCAUGUUCUGCUGGAGGGGGAGGGCCUGGGACAGUCGCUUGGCAACUUCAAGGAUGACCUACUCAAUGUGUGCAUGCGCCACGUUGAGAAGAUGUGCAAGGCCGACCUGAGCCGCAACUUCAUUGAGAGGAAUCACAUGGAGAACGGGGGCGACCACCGCUACAUGAACAACUACGCUAACAGCUACAUGAGCGAGUGGAGUGCGCCUGAUGCCAUGAAGAGAUACUCCAUGUACCUCACGCCCAAGGGUGGGGCCAGGACAUCGUACCAGCCAGGGUCCCCCAGCCGCCUCUCCAAGGAGACGAACCAGAAGAACUUCAACAAUCUCUAUGGCACCAAAGGUAACUACACCUCCAGGGUCUGGGAAUACUCCUCCACCAUUCAGAGCUCUGACGACCUGCCCGCUGUCCAAGGCAGCUCCUCCUUCUCCCUGAAAGCAGGCACUGGGAAGGUCCCCUAUCAGUUCACCACCUCGGGACAGGCCACCACAGAGUUUUCCAAACCCCUGGACGGCAGUGGGCUGUUUAAAAACAAUCCUGGCUAUCCCUCCCUCAUCAGGAGCCAGAGCCCCAAGACCCAGCCCCAGACUUGGAAAUCUGGCAAGCAGACUUUGCUGUCUCAUUACCGACCGUUCUACGUCAACAAAGGCAACGCGAUGGGGUCCAACGAGGCCCCGUGAGUUCCAGACGGACAGAAACGAGGCACUGCCACCCCUGCCCUCCCCGGCUGAUCCUAUUCCUCUUGGCAUCCUUCUCAUCUGGGUGGAUGGGAGCCUCCCCCCUCCUCCCCCAUCAGCCAUGCUCCAUCCAGGCCCCUCUACAGCGUUGGGACUUCUGAUGGUCACCGUCUUUCCUGUGCUCAGAGGCCAGCCGUCGCAGGGGUGGGACAUAGGUGGGCCUGCCUCCCCUAACCCACCACCCUCCUCCAGGGUGGAUUGCUGGGGCUCCCAUGGGUGCCCACGUGGUAGCAGCCUGCCUCUCCUGCCCCCCCUGCUGUCUUGAGGCCUGUUGGCCAUUUCUCUCCAGGGCUCCUUCCCGUGUGAUGUGGUCAGUAGAUGCUUGGCCAAGAUAGUUGCCCAUCUCCCACCUGCAUGGGCCCACCUUCUUCUUCCCAGCAGCCCGGCCCCAUCAGGAGACUGGCCCUAAGUGCCCUGCUCUGGUCCUGCCCACCAGUGCCCAGCCCGGAGGAGCCUGCAGGCCCUGGCCACCAUGCAGGAAAAGCUCCCAGUGUCUGGCGUCAUCCUGGCCACUUUGGGCGUCACCAUAUCUACUCUGAGUCUGAAGUCCCUGGGAAUGGGCUCUCCUGGCUGUUAGGAUGGUCUUAGCCAAGAUACUUCCCUCUUCCACCAGCUGAGAUAAGCAAUUUCCUCACCAUGAUACAAUCCAUCUACGAAAACAGCUACGGGCCCAGCUGCCCCAAGGGAAAUGCCAUUUACCUAUGGAAUUUUCAUGGUUCUGCAAUUCUGUGUCCUCUCCAGCAAUGGCAAGUGAGCAGGUGGGGGGACAGUGGGGCUGGGCUGGUGACUUGCAAUUUCCACGUAACUGCCGCUGUUUCCAAGGGUGCCUUCCACACUGCUCCGCACCCGUCUUCCUCCUCCCUCUGACUACCUUCCAUGUCACACACCGUCAUGGGGCUCGGGGCCUGCAGAGGGGACCAAACCAGGAACGGCAAGGUGGGGCCCUUCCUCCUCUCGCUGUCCCUCCCAAGGGCCCUGAGGGUUCUGGGGAGGGGGACAUUCAGCCUGGGCUUUCCCCUCCUGAAUAAACCAUUGAUCACCCA